CCCCGUCACGUGUCCGCGGCGCCGCGUCGCACCCGGAAGCGGCGGCCGGAGCGGAGCUGGCAGCAAUGAGUGGGGAGCCGGGGGAGGUGUCCCUAGCGCCCCCUCCCGGGGAGGCCGAGCCGGGCAGUGGGGUCCGCAUCGUGGUGGAGUACUGUGAACCCUGCGGCUUCGAGGCGACCUACCUGGAGCUGGCGAGCGCCGUGAAGGAGCAGUAUCCGGGCAUCGAGAUUGAGUCGCGCCUGGGAGGGACAGGGGCCUUUGAGAUUGAGAUCAAUGGACAGCUGGUGUUCUCCAAACUGGAGAAUGGGGGCUUUCCUUAUGAGAAAGAUCUUAUCGAGGCCAUCCGGAGAGCCAGUAACGGAGAACCCCUGGAAAAGAUCACCAACAGCCGACCUCCCUGCGUCAUCCUGUGACUGCACAUGAUUCGGGGUUCCUGCUCUGUUCUGGGGUUCAAACUUUGGUUUCCCCUUGGUCCUGCUGGGAACUCUCCCUGCCUCUUUUCCCUCUCUUAGCUCCUGGUAGCUAAGAGAUCCUGGUCUGCACUUUGCCCCUUUGGGCACCGGAGGGAAUAGAAACUUUUAUGGUCUUGGGGAGUUAACAAAGAGAUGCUUCCCAUUGGACAUUUCUACAGCAGCCUUAUACCCCUCCACAGGAUCAGUGCCCACAACUGCCCAGUCCUCUCCUCAGCUUGGCAAUACCUGUCAGAUGCCACAGUAGAUCUAAUUUGUUUCCCCUGAGCCCUGGGCAAUGUCAGCUGUUGGUAAUAAAGAGGCACUACAGACACUUGUGCUGA